UGAUGGUUCCGUUGCAAAUUGGAGAUUUUGAUUGUAGAAUAUCGAAACUCCUCCCGCACGCACCGGACGAUAAAGAGAAAAAAAUUCGCAAAACCCCCACUCACAAACCUCUCAAGCUCUCUUCAAUGGCGGCCGAUAUUGGGGAACUGGGUUCUUCAGAGAAGAAGAGAAGGCGUAGAACUCUUUGCAAUAGCCCAAAGCUUCUGCUUGAUCACAAAGUUGAAGUAAGGAGUGUUGAAGACGGGUUUCGGGGGUCAUGGCACUCUGGAACUGUGAUUGCCUGUGAAAAUCAGGCUCGAAGAGUCCAAUACGACCAUCUUUUGUGCGACGACGGUUUGCAACAUCUCAUUGAUUGUAUAAAAGUCCCUCCUGUCAUUGAUGGAAUUGUUCCGGCCAUCAGGGUACUGUGUAACCAUCGGGGUUUGAUAAGGCCAUUGCCACCGCCGAUUGAUUUUACGAAAUGGUCUUUCCACUACGGACAGUGUGUUGAUGUCUAUUACAAGGAGGCAUGGUGGGAGGGCGUGGUUUUUGACCAUGAAGACGGCUCUGAGAGCCGAACAAUUUUCUUUCCUGAUAUGGGUGAUGAAAUGCAGUUUAGAAUCGAUACGUUACGGAUUACUCAGGACUGGGAUGAAUUUAUUGACGAAUGGAAGAUUCGUGGGAACUGGUUGUUUCUUGAGUUGGUUGAGGAAUUUGAGCAAGAGUGGCCACUUCAAGUUUCUGUGAGGCAAAUAUGGUAUGAAGUGAGGGUAAAGAAGGCUUUUCAGAACCUUGUGGAGUGGACUUCUACACUCAAGGGUAUCUGGAAAAAUUUGGUGUGGGAAGUUAUUGUUGAUAAUUGUAAGCUUGCUUUAAAUCAUUUUUUACAUGAAUUGAAUUCAUCAGGGGAUUUGGCACAGGAUGCCCAUGGCCUGCCACCAUCAUCCAAAACUCAUCUUGAUGUAAUAUCGAGGCCUGAAGCUGAUUCAGGUAACUCUCUUGCCAUCGUUGCAGUUAAAAAUGAUGGCUCGGAUUCUAGGUUGUUGUCUACUGAUCUCAGUAAUGAUGGCUUGGGUAUGAAUCUCUCAACUAGCUCAAACACGCCCUGUCAUGAAGAAACACCAUGUGUGUCACCUCAUGCUCUACCAGUCUUACCUUUUAAUCAAGAUGAAUUUUCUAGAUUGUAUUCAAAAUUAAACAGUCAAGGGUUUUAUAGACCCAGUUCUAAAUCACCAGCUGGAUGGAAAAAAUGUUUUAGACAAAGAAAAAGUGUUAAGUGGGUACCUGCUGGUGUUGACAUUGUUCCUAGAGCUAAGUUUUGCCCUAAUGCAGUUGACGAAUACCUGAACAAUAGACGCAAGUCAUCAUGUAGUUUAAAACUUAGAAUGCAUCUCGCUUAUUUGGGCUGGAAGAUUGAGUUCAUGAGAGAUGAAAAUGUUCUUAGGAUGCGCUACACCUCACCCGAUGGGAAAUCAUAUUUGUCACUUGUUACCAUCUGCAAGGCUUUGGGGAAAGCUCCAUCGGAAAGGUUGAGUACAAGUCAUGGGUGGCAACCUGCUGGUGAUGAAAUUGUUCCUAGAGCUGAAUUUUGCCCCGAUGCUAUUAAUGAAUACCUAGAGCCCGGACAUAGGUCUUCCCGUACUUUAAAUGUCAGAAAGCAUCUUGCAUAUUUGGGCUGGAAGAUCGAGUUCAUGAGAGAUGGAGGUAUUAAUAAGAUGCGAUACAUCUCACCUAAUGGGAAAUCAUAUUAUUCACUUGUUAUGGUCUGUAGGGAUUUGAAGGAACCUGGAUCAGAAAUUCUUUCCCUUCCUUCCCAAGAUGAUGAAAGACUGUCAGUUGCUGUGUCAGAUAGUCCAUUCCCUUCUCCUCUCGCGGAACCACCACACACAUCCAUGGAGCUGUCUGUGACGCCUCCUCCUUCCGACAGAGUUGUUGAAUCUGAAUAUUGCCCCGGAGCUGUACUUGAUUACUAUUCUCUUGGAUCAGCAGAAAAUAGUGAUAAAUGGAAGUGUUACAAGGUUAAGGACCACAAAUAUGUGGGUCUACAAUUUAAAGCAAAAAAGCAUCUUUCUGCUGUUGGGUGGUCAUUCUGGUACUAUGUGAGGGGACGGAAUCGGGAAUUGCGAUACACUUCGCCAAGUGGAAGGUCCUAUAGUUCUCUUCGAACAGCCUGCAAAGCCUGUAUAGAUGAAGGAGGAACCUCUGAUAAUAAUACUUUUAUCUCUAGACCAAUGCAAAAUGCUGGCUCUCGGAUGCAGAAGAAAAGAAAGGCAUCUGGAUCGCCAAUCAAAUCAAGAGAUGAUUUGGGUGAUGAUUGUCCAAUGCGUGUGCUGCGCUCUAGCAAAAGAGCUCGGCAGGUGGUGGUUCCUUCUUCCUCUGAUCAGAACCCUCGAACCAUAUUAUCUUGGUUAAUAGACAAUAAUGUGGUGUUGCCUAGGGCAAAAGUACGUUACAUUAGCAGAAAGGAUCAUCCUCCAAUAGCUGAAGGGAGAAUAACUCGCGAUGGGAUCAAGUGCAGUUGUUGCCAAAAAGUUUUUACCCUUAGUAAAUUUGAAGCACAUGCUGGCAGCAAGAAUCACAGACCAGCGGCGAAUAUUUUUUUGGAGGAUGGGAGGUCUCUGUUAGAUUGUCAGAGACAGUUGAAAUGUCGUAAUAUUAAGAGAAACUUGAUGACAGAAUCACUUGACAUGAAAGGUAGGCGGCACCAAAGCAUGAAUGAUUACAUAUGUUCUGUCUGUCACUUUGGGGGUGAAUUAGUUUUAUGCGAUCAAUGCCCGUCAUCAUUUCACACAAGUUGCCUUGGUUUGAAGGAUGUUCCAGAUGGUGACUGGUUUUGUCCAUCAUGCUGUUGUGGAGUUUGUGGGAGAAGCGGGUUAAAUAAUGGCUCGAAACAAUUUACAGAUGACAGUGUUCUCCAUUGUGAUCAGUGUGAGCGUCAAUAUCAUGUUGGGUGCCUAAGGAAAAAGGGUGUUAUGAAUGUAGACAAUUAUCCCGAAGGAAGUUGGUUUUGCAAUAAAAGAUGCGAACAGAUCUUUUUGGGUCUCCACAAAUUUCUGGGAAAGUCAGUUCUGGUUGGCAAAGAUAAUUUAUCCUGGACUUUGUUGAAAUACAAGAAAUGUGAUGAUGGGGAUCAUGAUGUCUCUGAUAUGGCAGCUGUGACGGAGAACUACAGCAAGCUUAAUGUUGCUCUUUCUGUGAUGCACGAAUGUUUUGAGCCUGUUAAAGAAGCUCGAACCAGGAGAGAUCUUGUUGAAGAUGUUAUUUUCAGUAGAUGGUCAGAGCUGAAUCGGUUGAAUUUCCAAGGGUUUUACACAGUGCUUUUGGAGAAAAAUGAUGAAUUGAUUACGGUAGCUACUGUAAGGGUUCAUGGAGAAAAGGUGGCAGAAGUACCUCUUGUUGGUACACGGUUUAAAUAUCGUCGACUUGGAAUGUGUCGCAUCUUGAUGAAUGAGCUUGAAAAGAAGCUGAUGGAAUUAGGAGUGGAGAGACUAGUUUUGCCUGCGGUUCCCAGUGUGCUAAACACUUGGACGACCUCGUUUGGGUUUUCAAAAAUGGCAGAACUGGAGAGAUUGAACUUUCUGGAUUACACUUUCCUUGAUUUCCAGGGUACUGUCAUGUGCCAGAAACUCUUAAAUAAGAUCCACUCCACAGACUUGAGCCCAUUAACAAGAACUGAGCAAAACAUUUGUGAUGCUGUGAGUGGAAGUGAUAAUGUAGAUUUUGAUGGGAAUAGUGCUAUUUCUGAAGCCUUCCAAACAGACCAGGUCGAGGAGAGUGAAAUCAUGGACCAAGGACCUGCAGAUAUAGCUGGAGUUGAUGGUAGCGAUGGUGGUAGUGGCACAGGACCUCCGGGUUUCUUGACAAACCAACAAACACUUGAAUGCAUACCUUUCCAAAAUGGGAUCUGCGAAGAGUGUUCAGUUGAAGGUGCUGACCACAGUGAAUGUGAGAACAACGAUGGCCUUUUCAAGUGUUACAAGCGGAGGAGGAUUUCAGCUUGCUGAAGCCGAGACCUUUCACAUGCUGCCAGUGAGUCAUGAGAAUAUCUGUUUUUGCCCCUCCGGGAGUUUAAAUUUUGCUUUAAUGAAGGUCAGUCUAGAAUUUCCUCGUUUUGUGAAAUAUAUAGUGGGAGGAAUUUGCAGGAGUUUGGUAUCAGGCUCGUGUUUAUUCAUGUAUAUAGGGAAGUAAUAUAUAUAUAUAUAUAUAGCUAGCUGUAAUUAUGCAUAGAGCUUAUUUUUGGAUUUCCCUAUGAUGGUUGCAAUGGAAGAUAUGGCUGUUUUUAUGUUUAUUGCUUCUAAUGUAUUAUAAUGUGAAUUAUUUAUAAGACACCAUUUUAGUUG